ACUUCGAUACGCUCGUUAUUGUGUAGAUACUAUUUGUUUUUGAGCGAAUUCAGUUGGCUGCUUCGCUGGCCUAGGAUAAUAAUUGCGUGCUGGCGGACAAAAUUAAGCUGAAUUAGUUAACCACCUGUGGUUUUGUCUUCGAUCGCAAUUGAAUAGCAUCUAAGUGCAAAUAGAACGGCUUAAGCGCGAGUUUAAUUUCCCCUCCUCCACUGUCAAGCUCACACCUUGAAACUUGUUUCGAGUUUACCAAGUAGAGCGAGGUAUUUGUGUGUUUGUGUAUACAUACAAGCAUAUGCAAAAGGCUUUAGAAAUUCCAACGCAACUAACAAAUUGCAGUGCAGAGCCACUUGCAUUGCCAGUUGGAAACACUUAAAUGAUAUAACUUCAUUUCGGAGACUGGUAACCAUUCACAAUGGCCGCUCACUUAAUUCGCAAAGAGUCAUUGCACGCAGCCGGAAUUCAUGUUUUGCUCCAAUGCCGAGCGUGGGCCUCUGUCUUGGUGUCAUUGGCACCCCGCAUUUGGCAUCUGGAGUAAGGCAUGUGGUCCAAAGCCCCGGUGGCAGUCUACACUCGAAUUGCAUUCCGUCUGGCACAGACACCGCGGGACUUCCGCGUUGUGCAGUAUGCCGGGCAAGGGGAACAACCGCGAUCGCAUCCGGGAUCCCCGCGAGGAGAUCCUGCUCGAGACGAACUUUGAGGACGACGGCGGAGUCCUGACGCGCGCCUACAACGGAAAUCCGUAUAACCCGACCAUCCAGAACCGUCGGCGCAACUCGUACCGCUCGGAUCACUCCUUGGACAGGUACACGGAGCGCGGAGGCGAAGGAGAAUGCUGCCAAUCCUGCAUGGCGCGUAUUCCCUACGCCACCCUGAUAGCCACUCUGAUGUGUCUCCUGGGAGUAGGAAUCUUCUGCUUCACCAUGUACCGAGGAGCCUCUCUCACCGUUAUAAUGGUUGACCAGGUUUUCCACCUACGCCUGAUAUGGAUCGAAGCUGUGCAAAUGAUUUUCGUAAUAAUUGGAGCGGGCAUGGCCGCCCUCGGAUUUAUGAUCCUGUUCGUCGGAUUUCUGGCCACCGGAGCCACCAGAUACAAGGUUUACCGGGCGUGGCGGUCGCGAGUGGGUGGGCGAAUCUCGUGCGCCGUCCUUAUGGGGAUAACCUACCUGCUAAACUUUGUGUGGAGUCUGAUCCUUUGUUUCCUGGUAGUGGUUACCUUCAUCUACACCAUGUUCUGGAACAUGUGCACCAGUGUUGAGCACUCUCAAAGCUGCAUUGAUCUGACGCAAUUCCAUUUUAUGUUCCCGCCAAACACGAAACUGGAGGACAUGAAGGUCUGCGAAAAGUACGAGAUAAAGGCAUUCUGCAAAGACGGUGUUGAGAACGCCGAGGUGAUGUUUAUAUUGGCCACUCUGUCCACCCUUUUGGUGCUGCUCAGUCUGGUCCACUACCUGAUGUGCCUGUCUGCUAACUACGCCCACAUUCGGGACCACGAAAAGUUCCAGGAGCUACAGGAGAUCCAGAACCUGAACGAGCUGGAGUACAGUGCCACCUCGAAGGAUCGCUUCUAGGACAUAUUUCAGAAGAUUCAGUUUGAGCUUAAGGACAAGUCUAGCGCUCUUUGAGCGAUUUACGCACAAUACAACGAACAGUGAACCACCUUCCAACGAAACCCAACAUGCUAUAGUUUAGAUUUUUCAUUUAGACCUAAGAUUUAUGUUGAGUUUUCAGUUUUGCUAGUUCAUUUAAUGAGUUGGUCGCUUUGACUGUUUAUCGUUUUAUUAGUUGAGCAGUUGCACCAUGUUUAAACUGCCAAAUCAAAUGUUACACUGAAAUUAUGCUUCUUAUCUACUGUACUGUUCCACUGACUUUUUUCUUCCGUCCAUUGACUUAAGUUAGUUUACAUUUAUUAUUUUUGCGUUUUUUAUUACAUUGCAAUCAAUAAAUCCAUGCCAACACAAUAGUCAGGUGCUUAUGCUCAAAUUGAUUCUUCUGAAUUGCCGAAUGCAUUUUAUUAAUAUACGGAUAGUUAAUCGCCACUUAUUAUUAUUACAUAGUGUAAUCCAUCCGUGCAUGAUUGUCUUUAAAAUCUGUACAAGAAAUUACUUUUAAUGUGUAUAUUUCACUAUUGCAUCUACAACUUUGAAGCAAUACGAAUCCUGCCGUAGUAAUUUGUAAAUGCGGUAGCAUCAGUUUAGUAAGGCAAUGUUAGUCUAAAGAUUUUACUAAGUAUAAAAGUAUAAAUUUAUUUAUCUCGUAUUUAAUAUAUAAACGUACGUAACAAUAAUAUAUUUUAUACUAAAAUUUUCUAACCUCACACUUAUACAAAAAGUAUAAACUUUUGAAAAUCAAAUAAAGAACUUGAGGUAAAGC